AUGGAAAGAGGUAGAAGAUCAGAGGCCUGGUGGGUAGGCAAGAGCCUGAUGGGCAGAUAUGAGGAAAAUCCAUUAAAUGGUGAAUCUACUGGAAAGAAAGUCUUGCGAGGGAGAGAGGAGGAUGCACCUGAGGUGAAUACUUUGAACAAGACAUCCUACUACUGCUCAUACGUGGUCAUGGAUCCAUUCAAACUGGCAACUACACAGUAUUGCACCAUGAACCUUUCUUACAUCUGUCAACUAGAUCUGAAACCUUCAACACAACUUCAGAGCACUAGCAACACUAAUCAGACAUCAACUCACAGAGCCAGGCGGAACACCGAUAAUGAAAUUGACAGAAUUUUGAAUACAAUGACAGAAGAACUAGAAAGGGAUAACCAUGAUGCUUUCCUAAAGUAUGAUGACAUAUUGUCUUCGGUGUUGGGAAUACAUGGAGCUGUCACGCCUACAGGGGGCAGUAGUGGACCAAACAAUCAAAUUGUUAUAAAGACUCCAACAGUCACCAUUUAUACCGGCAGUCAUAGCCCAGAAGAGUUGAAGAAUAAGGUGCUUGGUUCAGAGACGGAUGAUGCGUACUUCAGGUUGCCCUCCUCACUUGGAUUGCCGGACAAAAAUGCCUCUGUCACAACUGAGAUGUAUAACUUCAAGGAAAACCCGUUCAAAGCGGAGUCAGUGGAACCUAUCAGUGGGACUGUAAGCAGACUGGAGCUGAAGGGCGUCUCAGGCGAAAUCAGUGUCAGUAAUCUAGCUGAGCCUAUUGAGUUCUUUCUGUCUCGUCCGGAUGCAUCAGUGCCUCCCACCACAGAAAUGAACGUUGAGAAUCACGUAGCCAUCAUCACAUCAUUCAAUGUCACAGACCCAGACACAACAGUGGUCCUCACCAUGAAGCCCAACAAGGAUGUCAUUCUGCGGCUCCUGUUAGCUGAGGGCUCCUCGCCUAACGACACAACAUAUAUGGAGGAAACUUUCUUGACUUCCAGAGAUAACUAUCGCUGGUUGGUGACUCCAGAGCUGCGCGGUGGGAUUAACGGCACCUGGUUUGUGAAUGCCAGCCUCAACUCCAGCUGGACCGAGGACCUCCAAGUCGCAGUCACCAUCUUCACCACCAAGUGCAUGUUCUGGGACAAGGACAUUGCCGCAUGGAGCACCUAUGGAUGCUCUGUGGGGCCGAACACAAAGCCUGAGUUGACCCAGUGCCUCUGUAAUCACCUGACAUUUUUCGGGAGUUCCUUCUUCGUGGCACCCAAUUACAUCGACCUGUCUCGCAUAGACGAGUACUUUGCCACUGUGUCGGAGAACUACGUGGUUGUGGUCCUGCUGAGCUGUUUCUUUGGCCUGUAUUUAUUAACUCUACUCUGGGCCUGCUAUGCAGACAGGCGGGCAUUGAAGAAGAGAAAGAUGACACUUCUGGAAGACAACCAUCCAUGUGCCAACUAUAAUUACAUUCUGCACAUUCAGACGGGCUAUCGUAGUGGGGCAGGCACCUCUGCCAUGGUGUCCAUUGCUCUGCAAGGGACGGAAGGAGAGAGUGAGGCCCACCAACUCACUGACCCGGACAAGCCUGUGUUUGAGCGAGGCGGCGUGGAUAUGUUUGUGCUCUCCACGCCCUUCAGCCUGGGCGAGCUCCAGGGCAUCCGGCUCUGGCAUGACAACGCAGGAGGACACCCCGCCUGGUAUCUGAAUAAAGUCACCAUACAGGACCUGCAGACGCGUAAAGUCUGGCACUUCCUGUGUUACACUUGGUUGAGCUCAAACAAAGGAGAUGAGCUCAUCAAGAGGACCUUCACCCCAGCCAAGAAAAAUGAGCUUGCCAGCUUCAGACACGCACUCUUACCGGGUUCAGGGACGAGCACAUCUGGAUGUCCAUCGUGGACCCGCCGCGGCGCAGCCCGUUCACCCGUGCCCAGAGGGUCUCCUGCUGCAUGA